GCAAAACCUGCCCAACCAUUCCUCCACUCUCAUAUCAGCUGAAAUAAUUUAUAGAAAGCCCGGAUCCUUGUGGAUACCUUGGACGAAUAAAGUCUGCGGGAUGGGUUUGGUGGUUUAAAUCAGUGGUUCCUAGUACCCCUGGUUGGGAAACACUGGUCUAAAUGAUGUCGCCACCAGACUGCCUGCUUCACAUUGCCAACUAAAUGCACAGGCUGUGGACCUGGCUACAAAAGCCCACUGGAUGCCAUGAAGGGUCCACGUGAGGAGAUUGUGUACCUGCCCUGCAUUUAUCGCAACACUGGAAUCCAAAAACCAGACUACCUUGCCACUGUCGACGUGGACCCCAAGUCUCCUACUUAUUGUCAGGUCAUCCACAGACUGCCCAUGCCCAACCUCAAUGACGAGCUACACCACUCUGGUUGGAACGCCUGCAGCAGCUGUUUUGGCGACUCAUCCAAGAAGCGCAACCGACUUAUCCUGCCCUCGCUCAUCUCCUCCCGGAUCUACAUAGUGGACACUGGGACAGACCCCCGCGCUCCACAGAUGCACAAGAUUGUGGAGCCCACAGAUAUCUUCUGGAAGACGGGCCUGGCCAACCCCCACACCACACACUGCCUGGGCAGUGGCCAGAUUAUGAUCAGCAGCAUAGGAGAUCCAUCUGGCAAUGGAAAAGGUGGCUUUAUCUUGCUGGAUGGUAAAACGUUCGAGGUGGUUGGUAACUGGGAGCUGCCUGGUGAGGCGGCACCUUUUGGUUAUGACUUCUGGUACCAGCCCCGACACAACGUCAUGAUGAGCACCGAAUGGGGAGCGCCCAAAGCCCUCGCCUACGGUUUCAGCCUGGAACAUGUCAAAGAAGGUCUCUAUGGAUCGAAGAUCCACGUGUGGGACUGGACCACUCACAAGCGGCUACAGUCCCUGGACCUGGGGGAGGAGGGCGCCAUUCCUCUGGAGAUCCGCUUCCUCCAUGAUCCCGCCGCCACGGAGGGCUACGUCGGCUGUGCACUCCAAGGAACCGUCUUCCGUUUCUACAGGACACCAAAAGGAGAAUGGGCUGCUGAGAAGGUUAUCCACGUCCCCAGUAAGAAAGUGGAGGGAUGGGCUUUGCCAGUGAUGCCAAGUCUGAUCACAGAUAUUCUGAUCUCCCUGGACGACCGCUUCCUAUACUUCAGUAACUGGCUGCAUGGAGACAUACGACAGUAUGACAUCACAAACAGGAGGAACCCACGUCUGGCUGGCCAGCUCUUCUUGGGAGGGAGCAUCCUAAACGAUGGCCCUGUCAAAGUACUGGAGGACCCAGAGAAUCAGAGCCAACCACCCCCACGCACAAUCAAGGGGAAGAGGAUCCCAGGGAGCCCCCAGAUGUUGCAGCUCAGUCUGGAUGGGAAGAGACUGUACGUCACCACCUCUCUCUACAGUGGCUGGGACAAGCAGUUCUACCCGGAAAUGAUCAAGGAGGGUUCUGUUAUGAUGCAGAUUGACGUGAACACAGCCAAUGGUGGCCUCAAGGUGAAUGAGAACUUCCUGGUCGACUUUGGGAAAGAGCCCAAUGGCCCGGCCUUGGCCCACGAGCUACGAUACCCUGGGGGAGACUGCACCUCUGACAUCUGGCUGUAAAGUUACGCAGGAGGCCCUAGUUUUCCCCCUCUCAUUCCCAUCAUACUUUACAUAGACUUCAUGUAACUCAUAUUAGUUGGGAACGGGUGGGGAAGGAGGCAUACACUCGAGCCUCAUGCCCGAUAAUGCUGCCUAUUCAUUCUCAUGCCCGAUAAUGGUGCCUAUUCAUUCCAUGCUGCUUUGCUUUAAAUGCAUAAUUGUGCCUUAAGUCAUUAUCUCAUCUAUGAACCAAAUGUUCUUUGUUACUUCCAAUGCCAGUGGUGAAACUGAGGUUUAAAAAAAAUAAACAAAUUCUAACAUAUGGAAUUCAUAGAGUAACAUCUGAUGGCGACGUACUGUUUUUUAAGAAUAUGAAGACGUUCUCAUUUUUCAUCAUUCCUUAAUGGCCUGAGUGUGUGUGUGUGUUCAGCAGGGUUGAAUGAAUCUGUAUGUCUGGAUUGUUUACUCUUUAAUUUAAUAGUAAACUAGAUGGGUGUAGUGAAACAUGUUUUACAGGGUUAGCCAUAGUAGUACAGUGCCCCUAUAGUAAGUUAGGGUUAAGUGACUUGCUCAAAUGCACAACAGAUUUUUUGCCUUGUCGGUGCAGGUAUUUAAACCAGCAACCUUUCAGUUAGUUACUGGCCCAACGCUCUAACUACUACGCUAACUACAUCUAACCACCAGUCUACCAAU